AUGAAAUCAAACUUACCGUUUGGAGCCAAAGUAAUUUAUUAUUCCCCCGUCAUUUUCUGGACAGGCUAUGGCCACAUCUCGCCGCGCACGGAUUGGGGCAAGGUGACAACGAUUUUCUACGCCAUUGUGGGCAUUCCACUGAUGCUGAUCUGUCUGUCCAACAUUGGAGAUGUCAUGGCCACAUCAUUUCGGUUUUUGUACUGGCGAAUCUGUUGCUAUGUGUGCACCCGCACAGCCAAGAGGCCAAGGAAUGCCCGCUCUCGGCAGCGAUCCAUGCGGUCGCAGCGGAAUGCCCGCUCCCAGCCGCCGCCCUCGUUCCGACGCUCCAUGAAGAUGACCCAACGGUCGGGCAAUGAUUCUGGUCUGGGGCCCUCCAUGGGACAUGCUUACUCCGACCCGGAACUGCGGACAAUGGGCAGGGGCUACGACGACCGGGAGUUCGGACAUCGUUCAAGUGGUGGCGGACGCAAUCGUCGUCAUCAGCAGCAGCAGCAGCACUUGCAUCACGAUCCUCGCCAGCGUCACACCGUUUACGGGGAUGAGUACGAGACACAGACUCUGAAUCGCUCACAACGUUAUAGCAGCCGUCAGAGGCAACGGGAUCGGAUGAGGGAUAGGCAUACGGUAGAAAGGGAGCGGUACUCCAGAUCCCACUUGGAUGCCGGCUCCAUCGAAGACUUUAGCGACAUUGCACCGCCAGCCAAAAGGGCAGCCAGUGUGCGUUCGGUUCGAUCGCCGCAUAACCAGGAUUCUUCAAGGGCUUCCAAGGAACUGCAUCGUCUUCACUCGGCUCCUGGGAGGAGUAGAGCCAAGUCCGUGGAUCCCAGGCACGUGUCCUCGCACUACGAAGAUGUAGAUGAGGAUGUGGUGAGGAAAACUCCAAUUAUUCCGAACAGGUACGCCUUGGACGAUUUCGGAGGAAGCGGCCACAGACGACAUGCAGCUCCAAGAAGCCAAUCCAUGCCCAGAUCCGCUCACCAACGACAACGCCAGAGGGAUCGUGAAAGGGAGAGAUCUCCGCAACCACCACCUCAUAGUUCCCAUCGUCAGAAUAAUGGCAGGAGGGCUGGAAGUUUGGGCAGGCAGUCUUCACGUUAUGGCAAUCAUUUGGAACUGCCGGAUUACGAUGCUCCAAGGAAUGGACGGGACCAUCGCAGAGAUCGACGUGGUCACUCACAGGGACGCUACGAGGAGUACGUAGAAGAGAGCUUCGAUGAGGGGUCGCUUUAUGGUGACCACUACGAGGAUUAUCCUGUAGAACGCCAUCGAUCGAGAAGUCGGGAACCAAGAAGGCACAGACGUAGAGAGAGAGCCGAACGUCUUCCUCCCUCGCCAAGGAUCAUGUCACCCAUGGGUUUUCCAGUCCAGCGUCAAAUCCGUCGUCGACCCAGCUACGACUAUGAUGACGAUGACUCCAUGUAUGGUGAUGAAUAUGGCGACUACGGUGAUCUGCUGCCCAAGGACCGUCCCGUGCCCAUUUGGUUAUGCGUCUUUCUGGUGGUCAGUUACAUCCUUGGUGGAGCUGUUCUCUUUGCCUAUUGGGAGAACUGGUCCUUUCUGGACUCCGCCUACUUCUGCUUCAUCACACUGACAACUAUUGGAUUUGGAGACUUUGUUCCAGCGAAGGGAGUCAAAGAUGAAUCUGAGCAGUCCAUUGCCUAUUGUUCGCUGUAUCUGCUCUUCGGCAUCGCUUUGCUGGCCAUGAGCUUCAAUCUUGUUCAGGAGGAGUUUAUAGCUAAUGUCAAGGAAGUGGCUCGUCGCCUGGGCAUUCUUAAGGACGAUGACGACGAUCACGAUGAGGAUUAAGUACUAAUGUCGUUUUAAGCAAGCCAAAAAAUAUAAAAGUAUACGCAAUUUUUGCUUAUACUUGUACAUCUUUUAGGAAUAUUUUAAAUUGGAAUCAUCUCCAAUGGGUUUUCAUAACAAAAACGAAUGAAAAAGUGGCUUCAUUAAGUUUGAAAAAUAAAUUAAAUAUUGAAUUUAAAGUUUAGUCAUUCUUUAAGAGAACUCUUUAACUUUAUAUAUACAAGUUCUACUAAUAUUACCUUUUCACUUGAUAAGAAUCCUCUUCAAUUAC